AUGUCUUCCAGCCCUGUCACCCCCGACAACCAGGCCCUCGUCCUCGCCUCGAGCGCUCGCCGAGGCAGCACCCGCUCUGUGUCGGCCGCUCAUCUCCUCGUGGAGUUUGAGCAGUGGAGCCGUGUCCAGGCGGGCAGUGGCAACAACCAGAGCCUCGGUCCCUUUGAAGGCGAGGAUGGUCUUCCCAUCCGCGUCAUGAAGGAGCUCAUGAGGCUUCUUGAGAAGAGCCUUGGAUUUCUCCCCACCGGAGACACUUUGCAGGAGUUCCUCAGCGAGAUCUUUGCCAAUGGCUGGACCUCGACCACCCUCAACGUGCUCCCACCGCACCCCAGCGUGGUGCCCAUCAUCGACCGUGUCCUGACCAGCACGGUCAUGGAGGACGUCGGCGAGGUCACCGACCGCCACGGCAAUGUUAUCAAGGUGUACCCGCGCGCGUACCUUGACAUUGUCAAGAAUGUCCGCCUCGAGUUUGCCGCGCCCAACGGCAUCUCUCUUGACAACGACACCCUCACCACCAUGGAAUGGAAGACGGACGGAAACGUCACUCGCCGUCUCCGCCAGACCGCCAUCGAUCUGUACGACCAGAUUGCGGCCAUUGUCGUCAAACACAACCGCGAGAGAGUUAUCCGCACGGCUCGCAUGCUCCUCAAGGAGUACACCGAGCAUGGCUUCCGCGAUCUUACCGACGAGGAGCUCCGUUUCGCCAACUCCCGAGACAUGAUCUGGACCGAGUGCCCCAUGCUCUGGCUUGCUUUGACCGGCGGAGACCAGGUAGGCAACUUGGCCCGCGCCAACGUCAUCAUUCAAACCGGCAAUAUUAAGGGUGAGUCUGAAUAG